AUGAGGGAAGUGGACACUUCGGAAACAUCCGUCGUAUGGCCCGCAUGGUGUUAUUCAGGAGAAACAACGGUUAAUGAAGAUUUACCGCAACGCCUCGUCGCAGCAGCAGCGGCAGCAACAACGGCAGCAACGGCCGCCGUAUCGCCAUCCUCGAUAGUCCUCCUGGCGCAGAAGCAGCACAAGCAGAAGCAGCGGCAGCAGAAAGGGCCGCAGCACCGCCACCAGUCGUCAUCAAAUCAAUCUCGGUCGUCAUCGGCCUCAUCAGCGUCCGUGUCGUCAUCGGCCACGUCUCCGCCGCUGUCGUCGCCGUCGUCGUCGCUGUCGUCGUCUUCGUCGCCUACGCCAACACCGGCGUCACCGAUCUCCCCGCAGUCGCCGGCCCGCCCGCCCGCCCGCAGCCGCGGAAAGCGGAAAUCAAUCACGCGAGCGACGCGACCCGCGCCCUCCAGCCACCCACCGUCGCUGCACGCCGCCAGCAGCGCCAUCGCGGCUGCCCUCGAAGCCGGUUCGGUGGCUACCAGUGCUAGUGCGGCCUCGGGUGCCCUGCUAGGGCUCGCCAGCCUGCACCGGCUGCAACGGCGACCGUCCCCGCCGUCCGCGUUCGAUUCCGCCUGCGAUGGACGUGCGCUCGACGAGGGCAAUGCUGCUGCCGCUGCACGACCAUCACCACCUGAUCUGCUGAGUGGCAACGGCGCGCGAGCGGAGGAAGCGGAGCACGGCAGCGUGAAAAACUAUCACUUCGGUGCUAUCGAUACGCGCGUCCUACGGCAGCACCAGGCAACGCUGCACUCGCUGGACAAAAUGCUGAGCGAGCGCAUCUACGAUCGGAAGAAGUAUCUGAACUCGCCCACGGGCGGAGGAAGCGGAAGUGGGGGCGGUGGCGGCGGCGGCGGUGGAGGUAUCGUGCCCGCGUCGGCCAGCGCCUUCUACGAGAAGCUGCGCAAUGGUGGCGGGUCCGCCGGCGACGGCCCGGGAGGAGCGGGGGCCAUGAUCGAGUCGCAGCUGAAUCUGAUCAAGAACGGCGGCCCCGGAGGCCCCAACGGCACCAGUGCCCAUCUCAGUGCAAUAGCGGCUAGCAUUAUUAGCAAUAACAAUAACAACAGCAACAGCAACAACAACAACAACAACAACAACAGUAGCAACGGUAGCACCAACAGCAGCGUCGUCGGCGAUGGGAACGGCAGCACUUCUCUCGGUGGGAAUGGCAGCAACGGUGCGCUGGCGUCACCACGCGGCAGCAGCGGCAACAGCAGUAACCAAAUCACUAGCAACAAAACGAGCAAUAGUAGCAGCAGCAGCAACAACAACAAUAACAGCAACACGAACAACAACAACAUCAGCAGCAGCAGCAGCGGCAGCAUCAAGAGCGAGCGGCUCAGUCCCGCCAACAACGAUGCGCAAUCGAUGGCAUCGAGGUCGCGGAGUGUGACGCCGUCGUCCUUCUCCGGGACGCCACCGCAGACGAUGCACGCGAGCGAUGCCAGCUUCCCCAGCAGUAUUCCGUCCGGUGGCUUACUUCCGUCCCCGAACUCGGUCGGUGCGAACUCCGUUGGGCGACCCGAAUUGCAGGCGCGCAACUACUCCGACUUUAUGCGCAGCCUGGCCGCCAAGUACAACAACAACAACAACAAUAACAACACUAAUGAUGUAUCGAAUAUCAAAAAUUCCUUCCCCGAACCAAAAAUGCGCUUCACGCAGCCGAAAUCUUACAUCGAGGGCUCGCUGAGUAGCAAGAAAGGCAGCCCACUUACCUCCACUCAAGUACCUAAUCCAAGUAUUAUGACGUCGCUGUUUUCGGGACUUCCAUUCCAGUCGGCCGUCUUUCCGCCCCUGAUCGACAUGAGCAGUACGCAGGCGCUCGUCACGCUGGCUCGGGCUGCAAAAGAGUCCGACAUUCACAACAUUCUCAAGACGGACACGGGUGGCGGGCUGAAGAAACCAUCCUCCCUGUCCCGCGGUUCCUCUCCUCCUGCCACCUCCACAUCGCUGACCAGCCACCACUUCCCGUCCCCCUUCACCACGGGCUACCUUCCGGGGCUGCUGCCGAACCACCAUCUGGCCAGCUUCCCGUCGCAGCCCCCUCCCUCGGCGGCGGGGCUCGGUGGCCCGCUCAAAUCGCCGUCCCGAGCGCCGGAACCGAGCGCCCUGUCCACCUUCCCGCUCGACCUGAGCGCCUCGACCCCGUCGGCCAGCAAGCGGAUAAGGCUCUCGUCGCCGACCCCGAGCCGCCACCAGGAAACGUCCCCGGCGCCCAGCUCCACCAACAGCCAGCCGUCCGCCGACGGUUCGCUGGAUCUCAAGGCGACCCGGAAGUGCCACGCGCGCGUCGAGGAACUCGGUGCCUGGACGGUGGACAACGUGUGCGACUUUGUUGCCAGCAUCGACAUCUGCGCCGAGUACGUCCAGAAUUUUCGUGAUCAGAGCAUCGACGGGGCCGGCCUGCCGCUGCUGACGGAGGAACACCUGACCAACUCGCUCGGCAUGAAGCUGGGCCCGGCGCUGAAGCUGCGCUCGAUGCUGGCCAAGAAGCUGGGUGGUCCGUGCCCGUGCGCCCUCUGCAGCGUGCCGACGCCGCCGCCCGCCCGCACCAACAGCAGCGGCAGCAGUAGCAGCAAAGGCGACACAACUCCCACCAAUCGGCCACCGAGUAACGGCUCGAUCGGGUAG